AUGGGAGCGGGGAUGAAGCGCGCGAGGGAGGAGGAGCCAGCUGUGUCGCUGGCGCUGUCUCUCAGCACGGACUCCUCGGCGUCGACUACGACGUCGGACAACUCGGCCUGUGCGCCGGCGGCAGCGGCCGCAGCGCCAAGGAAGAGGGCACGGGGGGGGAGGGUGGUGGUCACUUCGGGGGAGGGAGAGUUCGUCUGCAAGACUUGCGGCCGGGCCUUCGCGACGUUUCAGGCGCUGGGCGGGCACCGGACGAGCCACCUCCGCGGCCGCCACGGGCUGGAGCUCGGCGUCGGCGUCGCCAGGGCCAUCAGGGAGCGGCAAAGGCGCGGGGACAAGGAGCCGCACGAUUGCCACAUCUGCGGGCUGGGCUUCGAGACGGGCCAGGCGCUCGGCGGGCACAUGCGGCGGCACCGCGAGGAGAUGGCGCUCGACCGGUGGUUCGCGGUGUCAGAUCAGGAGGCGGGGCACCAGGCCGCCGCCGACCGGCUGCCUGUCUUGCUCGAGCUGUUCGUCUAG